CGUAUCAUCUGAACACUAACGGAACACAACAGUGCUGUCAGAGUGAAAUUGAAACUAAUUCGUGUCUCUCGUGAGCUCUACCUAAGAAAAACAUAAAUAACAAUCGACCAUAAACCACAAAAAAAAAAAUAAGGACAGGAAAUAUCGGUUUGAUAAGGAAGCCUCACGUUUGAUUUGAACGUUGGUUUGUUAGCAAGGUGUUAAACGGUUGCAGUCUGCUUUGUUUUGGUAAAAUUAUAAUAAGAAAAAAAGGAAUUUAGUGCAGUGGAUUGACUUCUAGCUGUUACUUUUCGUUACACAAAAGUGUCAUUAGUAAUAAUUUAGUCUACACGUGUCAUCUAAAUCUAUUUUUGCAUAUCAACAAGAUCUAAUCUGCCAAACCAAGAUGUCAAAAUAUACGUCUUUUCCUGAUGCAGCUGAUGAUCACAAUCCAUUUCAGGAUCCGUCAGUGACUCAACAUAGCAGUAACACAGGCUAUGCCACGCUGGACCUGUACAACCCAUUUGAUAACAACACAGCUGUGCCACCACCUCCUUAUGAGGCCACAUCUCCAGCUGCCCCGCCCCCCGCCCAAACACCAACCAACAGGACCACGCCCACCGAGCCUAAGAAUUAUGGAUCCAAUGGAACACAGUCUGCAGUGAAUGCCACCACAGCAGAACUGUUGAGAAAACAGGAAGAACUGGAAAGAAAAGCAAAGGAGCUGGAGAGAAGAGAGAAAGAGCUGAAUGCUCAUGCUCUUGGCUCUGGUGCCUCUCGUCAGAAUAAUUGGCCCCCUUUGCCCUCCUUCUGUCCGGUGGGACCCUGUUUCUAUCAGGACAUUGAUCUGGAGAUUAGCCAAAGCUUCCAGCGCACUGUCAAAACCAUGUACUACUACUGGAUGUUCACAGCAUGCACUUUGCUCUUUAAUCUCAUUUCCUCCUUGGCUAUGUUCUGUGUGGACACCACUGGUAAUGGAGUGGGCUUAGGUCUUGCCAUCCUCUGGACUAUCCUCUUCACCCCCUGCUCCUUCGUCUGUUGGUACAGGCCUGUGUACAAAGCCUUCAGGAGUGACAGUUCCUUCAACUUCUUUGCGUUUUUCUUCAUGUUUUUCGCCCAGGUGGUCUUUUAUGUUAUCAUGACUAUCGGAAUCCCUGGCUGGGGCUUCUGUGGAUGGAUUGUGAGUUUGGCCGCUCUUAAGAUCAGCAAGGCAGUCGCUGUGAUCAUGAUUCUGAAUUCGGUGCUCUUCACUGGUCAGACAGCCAUGGGAGUGGUGUUGCUCAAUAAGGUUCAUUCUAUGUACAGGAAGACUGGGGCAAGCUUCGAGAAGGCCCAGGCAGAGUUUGCCACUGGUGUGCUUUCCAAUCAGUCAGUGCGCCAGGCAGCUGCUAAUGCCACCGUCUCUGCUGCACAGGGUGCGUUCACUGGACCCCGGUAGAGAGCUAGAUGGGAGGGAAUAAAUGAGGUUGAGGAACCUGAUCGGUUGUGCAGCAUUAAAUCAAAGUGACUUACCCUAGCACUCCUCGACAUGGCCUAGUUACAAACAAAUUCACACUACCAUAGACCCCACUUGCACGUAUGCCAGGAUAAAUUGAUUCAUAAUGAUUGUAAUGCAACAUUAAGCCUUUUUGAAACUCUAAUUGUCGGCCAUGCUGAGCACUUUGCCAUUAGUUAAGACAUUCAGGAAGGAUCUAGGUGUUGGUUAAUUAAAAAAAAUAGGGUUUAUGUAAAUGCUGUCUAUGUAGACCUAAGAUCAACUUCCAAACUCUCAUCAUUUAUAAGGAUAGAAAAAACAAAUAGUGUUCCAAAACGAUUAGUGUUACAUUAAGUUUUUAAAUACUAAGGCAUCAGGUUUAGGCUUCCAAUUCUAAAGAGAUUUUCUCUCAAAAAUGUAAAUGCUGGUCUCAUUUACACUUGCUAUUCCAAACCUGAAUUACUUUUUUUUAAGUAUGGAACACACAAGGCAGAAUGUUAGGAACUGACAGCCUCAGUCACCAUUCACUUUCAUUGCAUCUUUUUUCCUUACUAUUAAAGUGAGAAGUUAUUUAAGCCAGUGGCAGUUCUAGGAUGUGAUCUUUGGGGAUUUUUGGGUGAACUAUCCCUUUAACAUAUUUACAGCUUGUGCAGUGUAUGGUGAAGCAAAUAUGACGAUUCCACUAAAACAGUCAGAUUUUGCUUUUGCCUUGAAUUUGUUCUUCGUAUGUAAAUAAAUGUACACGACAAGGAAAGUAAUUAUUUCAUUUCUCUAGAAUGCAGGUUACUCAUAACCUGUGAAGUUUAAUUUGCCAAACCUUUUUCUUACAACUAAGAGAGAACUCUCAUAUCAUAUUUUAGAGAUUCAUGAUUCACUUUAUAUAUUUAAAGGUGGUGGGAUUUUUUUAUUUUUUUUUCCUUUGGUUAACAGAACUUGAUAUAACAAUAAAGCAUGCUUAAUGUUUAGAUGCAACAGAAACUACUGUAUGCAGUGAUGCGUGACCCAUGUUUCAGGUCAUAUUCAUGAGUUAAGAUAAUGUGUGCUUUGAUAUAAUUCUGACAGUUGAACUCCUCAAUCAAAUUUGCAAAUCAAAAUGUUGUAGCAGCCGAGAAUGGUGCGGUUUUCUGUGGCCAAGAUAUGUGUUGCGUGUGUGAUUUUUGUAUUUUUAUUUGAUUUUUUCCUUAAACUUCAAUGUAACAUUUUGUCAAAUGGUAGUACCUAAAUGAAAGUAUUACUUAGUUGUUUUUAUUAUGAUAUUGCUGCUGAAUGUUGUUUUCAUGAGUGUCACAAUGUUUUGUUUUUAUUAAAGUUCAUGA